UUGAUUUCGACAAGAAGACGGAUUUCUUCAGGAAGUUCUUUCAGUUUCAGAUGUUGAACGUUUUGUUGCUGUUGUAAUUUGAGUGUUUGACAUACUCUUUUUGUUAGAUUUUUGUUUUGGGCUUAAUCCUAAACAUUCUAGGAUUAGGAUUUUUGAGUAGUUUAUAUAAACAUGACUUAACUGGUGCAUCUGUAUCUAUCUUUCUUUUUGUUAUUAUUGCUUUGAUUAAUCGUUGUCUCAUAACACUUUUGUUCUAGUUUAAAUUUUGUAAGUUUGUUGUGACGAUAGAUUUGUUAGAAGAAAAUGGUUGAGUCAAAGGAUAAGCUAUCGUCACACUGGUGGUGGUUGGACAGUCAGAAGAAGGGAACUCUGAAUCGCUCACCAUGGCUUCAAUCAACUUUAGCUGAACUAGAUGAGAAGACAGAGGCCAUGCUGAGGAUAGUUGAACUAGAUGCAGAUUCCUUUGCCCAAAGAGCAGAAAUGUAUUACAAGAAGCGACCACAGCUCAUUAACAUGGUUGAGGAUUUCUAUAGGACACAUCGCUUGUUGGCUGAGAAGUAUGAUCAAAUCAAGUGUGAAUCUGGUACUCGCCUUAUGACUCCGUGGAUGUCUCCAUUGUCUUUAACCAAGUAUCAUCCACAAAGAAAAAUGAUGAGCGCCACUGAAAUAUCAUAUGACACCUAUUCAGAAACCUUCGACCCUGAGUCUGAGUUAUCAGAUAAUAUGUCUGAGGUUGAGGAUCCUGACUUAGAAGAAGAAGAAGAAAUACAAACACCCAAAUCAGAGAAGGAAACAAUGGCAGUAUCAAGUGGCUUUCGCGUCAACAAUGAUGAAGUAGUGAAGCUGAGGGAAGAAAUUGAGAGGCUGAAAGAAGAGAGCAGAGUUCAGCAGGAGCUUCUACUGCAGAAAGAUGAAGAGAAAAGAGAGGUCAUCAGGCAGCUCAGUUUAGCUGUGGAUUUGCUGAGGGAGGAAAAUAUUAUGCUGAGGAAGACUAAGCCGGCAUCACCUCCAAAGAAGGAAAACAUCAUCGAGCUCGAGACAAUAAAAGAGGGGUUCCGGAAAACAUCAUCUCCAAAGAAGGAAAGCGUCAUUGAGCUCAAGACAUUCAAGGAGGGGUUCUGGAAGAGGCUCUUCAAUUGAUCUCCUUAGUCAGAGACUGCAAUUUGAUCAUUCUAUAGUCUAGUUAUUGUGCAAUAUAUUGCUUCAUUCUUUAUAGUCUUGUUGUCUAAAAGCAGUAAUUUAGUUACUAUAGUGUUUAGGAUUCAUAAGUAGUUUUAUUUCAUUUGCUACUCUAGUACUCUCUUAAGUCAUUCUUGAUGUUAUUAUGUUGCAGUAUAGUAAUAAAGUAUUAAAUUUCG